CAAGUAGAAAGAUCAGAUGAGGGUGUCCCCAAGACUACUGGACAACCAUACUUGUGAUAGGAACGCGUGUGGUUCUUUGUAAGUUAUCACGAAGAGGAUGCAAUGCCGUACCGCACGAAGAGUUGUUUGGAACUUGAAAGAGAAAUGUGAUGGAAGCUGGAAGAGCGAAAGGUGCUGUCACGUGUGCGUCUAGACCUCCGAAGCUCCUGACAAGCACGAACAAUCAUCGCCUAAUUUUCUUUCUCCACUCGAUGUUUCCUUUUUCCUUCAUGUUUUUGACGUCCCCCAGUCGCUAUGAGUGAAGCUUUGGGAGGAAUUUUUAUAAUUCUGCCAAUUCCAGUAUUCCAGCCAGGGGAUACCGCGAAAAUUUGUUAAUUGAUAAUGGCACGCCCUCGCUUCGACCCGCUGCCUUGCGUUCCGCCAACGGAGAAUAUACCGCUUUUUCAUCAUGGAAGCCAAUGGAUACCCCUCAUAACAUGUCCUGCAGAUUUUCCUUUAGAAUUGUUCGAAAUCGCCAUCGCGCAGCUCGUGGAUCAUCCGGAAUACAAUUCUACCCUUAUCCUUCGAUCAGAACGUCUCUUGGAUACGAACACCGAAUUUCCUGCUGAGAUUCCACGACUAGACGGCUUUGAACCGACGCGAUGUAUCCAUCGGCGUCUGUUACCGCGUCGACCGGGUCGCGAUGCUGCUUUGGAGCAGUACUGUACGCUGUAUUCAAAAGGGGAGAAUGCUGCAUCUGUAUUGGUGUUGACGCCUUUGGGAUCGCCUCUACCCUAUUAUCAUCCUGCGGUAACUCAUUUGGCUUUCCGUUAUCUGACUACUGAGCCAGCGACGUUGAGGAUCGAGGUUCUUCCGCUGCCGGGUACACCUUUGGAUCCGAAUUCACGUUUGUAUCGAACUUCUCUCGCGCUGCUAGACACCUUGCAUCGAUAUGGAUGGGGUGCGAUGACCAAUUAUAAAAAGAGGGUUAAGCAUGAUAACCUAAUACAGCGGGAGGCGUAUCAGGAUCUCUAUCUCGUCAUGCGAGAAAGGCACAAGCAUCUAGUGGACACUUGGCAUGAAGCUACGGAUCCGUUGAAGCACGUAUUUGAGGACAUCGGAAUUGCGACAUUUCUCAUGCUCCUUUGGAAGGAAACGUACAGGAACGCUGAUACUGUCAACAGUGAUGGGAAAGAGGGUGAACCUUGGCCUCAGCCACCAGGGGGUUUCCUCGACUUUGGCUGCGGCAACGGCCUGUUGACACAUAUUCUCAUUUCUGAGGGUUACUCUGGCUGCGGUAUCGACCUUCGUGCACGUACGUCAUGGUUGCACUACCCUGCAGCUACCCAAUCACAUCUACAUGUUCACGCUUUCGAUCCCUUCUCUUCAAGCCAGGACCCCUUUCUAAAACCCGAUGUCUUUAUCAUCGGUAACCAUGCAGACGAGCUCACACCGUGGGUUCCUGUUCUGUCGACACUAUAUUCCGCGUCGGGAUACCUUUCCAUUCCAUGCUGUCCCUGGAGCUUCGACGCGAAAUACGACCGCUCAUUGCAAGCACCGUUUCCCGUUAGCGAUGAAGUUGCAUUCGAGGAGAGCCUGUGCUUAGGUAGCCAGGCGAGCGCCGCAUCUGCGUAUUCGAUGUACCGCGUUUGGCUGGCUAGUCUCAGUCUUCACUGCGGAUGGAAGGUGGAGUGCGAAACACUGAGGAUUCCAAGUACGAGGAACUGGGCUAUUGUUGGAAGGCAGAGGCUUGAGGACUGUGAUGCGAACGUACACGUAGAGGACAUACUCCAAUCUGUCCGUGAUCGGGGUAUAUUCAAACCUAGACAGCCAGAAGGCAAAAGCAAGGAAGAUCAUUAAUAAUAUUCUACCAAGCAUGAGAUGUCUGGCUUCUUAGAACAAGUAGAAUGGAACUUGGAAGAAUACCGUCGCGCGGCUGUGCUGGCCAAAGCUGAAACACUGCCACGAUCGGCCCGCUGCCAUCCCUCCCUUUCACCGACUUUCUCUUCGCCAUGCCAGAACAUCGAUGCCGACGAAGCAUAAAAGUACUCAGGCGCCGCCAUCGACGGAACUAUAAGGUAUGACCAGGAGUUAGGGGCGUUUUAGUGAGGAAUG